CCAGAGUUCCACUGUGAACAUGCGCACUGCAAUAAAAUUAAAGAACCUGAAACAUUUGGUGAAAAUUGUUCAUUUGUUUUAUGUUGAAGAUCAAGCCAUGAUAGCCGCGAUCUGCAAAUAGUUGGUUUAAAAUUGACAUGACAACUUCAAAUCCAUCGGGGAGAAAGCCGGCGCUUUGCCGUUUCUUUGUAAAUAAUGGGAACUGUGUUUAUGGCGACGAAUGCCAAUUUCUCCACCAGAACCCAGGCGUAGGAUUUCAAAAACCUUUUUCCAAUGGACCGAUGCAUUCUUCAGAAAACCAGGGUAUGCCAGAUUCUUUAGGGAACAAUGGGGAUCAGUACUUCAAUGCAACAUUUGGAGGAGAAAAUACUGUUCCUGAUUUUAACCCUUUCUCUGUUAGACCCCCCUUGGGACGCCCUGGGAGGAGCAUGCUGGGUCCCUCUGGCCAUGGGCCAAACUUUGGUCCUGGUAAUCCCCCUCGUAUGGACUUGGCCUCUGGGGAGGGAAGACUAGACUGUCCCCCAGGGGGACAGAUGAGGGUAGAUAACUUCCGGUCAGACAGUGCUAGGAUGGAUCAUGGAUUGGCUUCAGAUUUUGCAGCUUUAAACCUACAGAUUCCAAGCAGUACUAAGGGACCAAACCCAAUUGCCAAUGAGUUUAUCCCAAAGUCGUCAUCUUUAAGCCAUAGUGCUAGCUCUCCUAACUUCUCCACUAUCAAUGGAAAUGGAUACGUCCCGCCCCAUACUAAUGGGCCACCACCACCACCACCCAUGAUGAUGUCUGGAGGUCAGGAAAAUCACAGCAUGGCAGCUGGGGUACCACCCAACAAUAUGAUGAUGUCAAACACCCCACCCCCUCAUUUAGUGCCUACAAGUGGGGUGAGUCUGCCCACCACCAGUCCAAGCCAUAGCCCUCACCUGUCUCCUUCCAACUCCCCCCUUAUGAUGCGACGGACUGCCUCCCCUAUAGCACCCCUCAAGCAAACCAACACACCCAAAAAAUCAAACAGUGCCACCAUACAGGAGAACGUAGGUGGCACUACAUAUUUUUAUUCCCCUGAGGACUUUAACCCCCAGCAGGAGGCCAAUCAACUGCCGAAUUUCUCCAUGUUUCCGAGUCUCCCACCACACAUAGCCCACUUAACAGUCAAAAAGAACAUGCCACAGUUCCACAUGCCAGACGAACUCAAAAUGGAUAUCCUGAAUAGACAUGCUUUAACGAUGGCACAAUUGGACACAACCAAAGUUACAGAUAUUCCCUCAGAAGUGGACAACUACUAUAACCUUUUCCCCUUAGAACCCCCACUUGCCAACCCAAUGCAGAAAUCCAACACCUUCGGCUACCCCACCACAUGUUAUAAAGCGGUCAAUCUCAAAGACGGGCUGACUUACUGUUUGCGCCGAGUUCAUGGCUUCAGGUUGUCAAACACCAAAUGUAUGAGCAUUAUUGACAUGUGGAAAAAGAUGUACCACCCAAACAUUGUACAGCUGCGAGAGGUGUUCACUACUAAAGCUUUUGGGGAUAAUUCCAUUGUGUUUGUGUAUGACUUUUUCCCUGGAGCGGAGACUCUGACGUUGAAGCAUUUCAGUGGACCUGGUGGAAUGAAUGGAUACAACAGUUCAUUUAACAUGGAGGGUGGGGGGUCAUCCAGGUCAUACAACUCCGGCAACAAAGGACUAAACGGACCGAGGCAGCACGCAGGGUUACUUCCAGAGAGCAUGAUCUGGGCUUAUGUCGUCCAGCUGAGCUCGGCUCUGAGGGCCAUACAUGCUGCUGGCCUGGCAUUUAGAACCAUGGACCCCAGCAAGAUUCUCAUCUACAGCAAAUCGAGGAUACGGUUAAAUUGUGUUGGUAUUUUGGACGUGUUGACGUUUGACAGUCAGGGAAACCCUUUAGUAGCCAUACAGCACUAUCAGCAAGAAGAUCUGAUGUACCUGGGUAAAGUUGUGCUGGCUUUGGCCUGUAACACUGUUAUGGCUAUAAAGAGAGACAACUUCCAGAACUCAAUGGAGCUAAUCGCCAGGAAUUACUCAGCUGACCUGAAAAAUUUCUUCCUGUACCUAUUGACCAAUCAGAGUCGACCUCGCAGUAUUAAUGACAUCAUGCCCAUGAUUGGGGCUCGAUUCUACACCCAGCUUGACUCGGCUCAGUUGAGAAGUGAUGUCAUCGAGAAUGAAUUAACCAAGGAAGUUGAAAAUGGACGCUUAUUCCGUCUUCUGGCCAAGUUGGGAACUAUUAACGAAAGACCAGAAUAUAACCUGGACAUGCAGUGGUCAGAGACUGGGGACAGAUACAUGCUGAAGUUGUUCAGGGAUUACCUUUUCCACCAAGUGGAUGAGACAGGUGCCCCCUGGAUUGACAUGGCCCACAUUGUCCAGUGUCUGAAUAAGUUGGACUCGGGCUCCCCAGAGAGGAUUUGUCUGACGUCAAGAGAUGAACAGAGUGUGUUAGUGGUGACUUAUGCUGAACUCAAGCAGAACUUUGAGCGUGCAUUCAGUGAACUACUCACAACAACAAGCCAGAGCCAUACCACGUUCACGUAGCCACUGGGAAAUUUAGAUCUGUAUCAAAAUUGUUUUCUUUCUCAUGACCCUGAAGAUCUUACAAAACUUUUCCUCUUUGCAAAAAAAGUGCUGGUCAGUAUUUGAACCAAAGGACACAUGACUUGAUAUUAAUCUGAUCAAAAUUUUUAUAUUUGUGUUUAAAGUUGCAAUAUUGACUGCUCAGAUCUCGCUUACAAUGGCAGAAUGUUAUGUUUGGAGGCUGAUUUAUGGAGUAAUGUGCUCUAAUUCAAGUGCUUGUCAGACCCUAGGCAGCAAUCUCCACUGAAGUAUUCCUCUAGGAAUCAGUGGUGGAAAUGAAUGGAUUCAGAGCAAAUGUUAAUUUAUUUUUUAAUUGCUUAAACAUAAUGAAUAGCAUGUCAAUUAUGCCCCCCUUGGGAGGCAGACAUUCUGGAGAGAAAUUUAUUAUUUUGUGUAUUUACUUGUAUUUAAUGCAUUUUUAUUGUUGAUAGAUAUUACUGUUGAUUUAAUUGUGAUGAGUUUUGGGCAUUGUGGAAACACACGUAUAAAUGGCAGCAGUAUGGCCUGGGAAGUGGACAUUUUAUGGAGAGGGUGUAUCUUGGUUCCAUUUUUCAGAAGAACACCACAUGUAGAUGUGUGGUAUGCGGCUAGCAGUUUUGAUGUGUUUCUGUCUAAAUGAUGCACUGCUCCUGUAGUCUUACAAUGGCUCUGACAGACAGUCUUAAUUUGUAUUAUUUCCAAAGGGACGAAACUCCUACAGACUACGUUGGCCUUAUUAGGUUGACAAUGUUGGUGUGUGUGUCGGAUUAUCUGCUCACAUAAACGACAGCUUUACCUACAUAUCCUGCCCAUGUUAACAUGUGAACUGAUUCAAAUUCUUAGUUUUUGCAUUUGUGCAAUAUUUGUAUUUAAUGCAAAUUUUCGCAUGUCGCAUUGUAUGUCAAAGGGCGCCUUGUGUUCAAAUGUGUUAAAUGUUAAAAUUUCAGGCAAUGAAAUGGAGAAUUUUAUUUAAAUCAUGAAUUUUAAAUUGACUUUAAUAUUAAGAUUACUAUGGAUAAAACAAAAGUGUGAGAAAAAGAGAAAUUUAGAUUUUUUUUAAGGGUCAUUAUGUUUCUCAUUAAGCCCAAAUGUUGUGAUAACAUUUUUAAUGGUAUUAUUAUAUUUUAAAUUGUGCUACUUAGGUUCAAAUGAAUGCCUUGGUUUACAUUUAGACUUUAUUAAAGCCUAGAAGAUUCACACAAUGUACGCAGUUAAAACAUUAGUGUGAUGUUAAACCAGGGUGAUAAAUGGAAGCAUUGUGAAAAUCUCACAUGUUUAUCAAUCACUUAAAUCACUGUUUUACUGUGAAGGGGUGUUAUUUAUUAUGAAAGUGUUUCAAUGUUGCCAGCCAUAUGAUCUCUGUUUGAAAUGAAGAUUCUUUUCAUGUCCGCAAUGAGAAAAUGACAUUGGUCAAUAGAAAAAUCUGGAGGCAAAUUGGUAAGGUUGGUUUUGAUAAAUGUUGGACAUGCAAAAGUUCUCGGAUUUCCCAUUGUAUGUUUGUCUAUCAGCAACAUUGAAAUACUGAUUAAUUUUAACAAAACUUGGCAGCAUGUUUUUUUUUUCUGUUGUUGACCUGUACAGAAUCUGAAGACAAGUGUACAGGUGAAAUAUUUUUAUGAUGACAAAAUGUUAAAAAAUAUCAAAUAAAAAAUAAUAAAAUAUUGAAGAAAUUA